GUGUGUGUGUGUGUCACCAUCAGUUUUAACAGUGGUGGACAUACAGUACCUGCUGGAGACUCCGUCCCCUGACCUUUGAACGUACUCUAAUGAGGUUUGUAGAUCUUUGUGUGUGUUGGACAGUCACACCAUCCUCCUCGACUCUCACACACACGUAGCAUCACACAGAAAUGUUUGCUGACAGGAUGUUACGGUUUCUUCUCCUACUGGCUCCUGCAGGGGCCUUCAUGGUCCAUAACACCAUACGCAGCCUGUGUGUGGAGGACUCAGCAGCUUCAGGGGAGGUCCUGCUCAGGAGGUGUGACCUUGACUCAGAGUCUCAGCAGUGGGUCUGGAUCGAUCAGAGCAUGCUCAUGAAUGUGGCAUCGUCCAGAUGUUUGUCGGACUUGCAGCCAGGACCUCUCCGGACCUUGUCCUGCAGCGGGUCAGAUUCAGCAGGGUUACUGUGGGACUGUGACAAGGACAGACUGAUCAGCAGGAACUCCUCCAUGCUGCUGUCCGUCGAUGGUCGGCGUCUGGUACUCUCACAGGACAGCAAACAGUCCAGGUGGAGGUCUCUGGAUGGAGGAGACAUCUGCCAGGAGAGACUACGAUCAAAGAGGGCGUCUGUUGAACCUGAUGAGUUUGAGGCAAAUGGUGAUCAGACAGGUGAGAGGGCGGCCAUGACGGAGGAAGAGAGAGAGUAUCUCCGCUGGUUCUACCGCUCAGAGGACCCGACCGUCUGGAAUUAUGUGCUGCUGGGUGUUGCCUUUGUCUGCCUGCUUGUCGGCUUUCUACUGCUAGGGAUGGGAGCAAUGGCCAACAAGAACAGAAAGAAGAUUGCAAAGUACAAAGCCGCAGCCGCUCUGGCUCAGAUGAGUGAGAGGGAACAGCUCCAGGUUAUUUCAGCGAUCGGUGAUGACAGCAGCAGUAAAACCUCUCCUUCACCUAACAGGCUGCAGCAGGGGAACAAACCCCCACCGUCCAAUGGGGAGCUGAGCGAGCACAAAGCAGGAAGCAUAGUGGUCACAUGGAGGGACGGAAAUACCUCCUGCCUGUACUCAGACCCAGAGGAGGAGCAGAAGGAGGAGCAACAAGUGGAGCAACAAGUGGAGCAACAAGUGGAGCAACAUGUGGAGCAACAAGUGGAGCAACAUGUGGAGCAACAAGUGGAGCAACAAGGGGAGCAACAUGUGGAGGUGUCAGCCGAUAAAUUGGUUCCUGAUGAGCCAGUAAAGGCUGAGGAGUAAAGAGUUAAGAUUAUAGAUGUGUUGGAAUAUUUAUCUGCAGAUUUUAGCUGCUAAUGCUAAUAAGUUGCAAAGAAUCAUCUUUGUGAGUCCACGAAAACCUCAGGUUCACAUUCACUGUGGAGAAUACAUUAGUUUGACACUUAAAAGGAUUUGCUGUUUGUUUUAUAUAUAUUUUUCUUUUAAAUGAGUUACUUGCCGUUAUUCUUCUAAUCAUAUCCUUUGUCCAGAGUUAGUGCUUGUCAAAGUAAUAAAUCAACAUUUCCCUGCUUAAA